AUGGCACAUUUAAUCCGAUUACCACUCUCUCAUUCAGGUUCUACCGUCAAUUCACCAAUGUCCAUUCAUCAACAUCAUCUAGGCCAAGGUCCAACCUCCUUUUUCCCUCCACCUACCUCGUCCCCAGGGCAAUAUAAACACCACUCACCUCUCAGCGACAUACCGAUUUCUCCUCCUCACACUCGAUCCGCUUCUGCAGAAAAUACUGCCGCUCAAUUGAUUGAAGACUUCAGAAGAUAUUCACACAAAUUAAGAGAUCAGUAUGAGGGGGAACGAGCCCACAUUUUGGCUGAUAGACAACGAGCAAUAGAAGUCAUAGCAGAAGAACGAGAGUUAUGGGAGAAAGAAAGAGGGAUGUUAAUUUCUCGAAUUCGAGAUCUCGAGAACCGACUCGUAUCCAAAGGAGAGAUCUUAUCGCCCACUGGAGUGUUCAAUCUGGAUUUAGCAAGUUUUGGCUUUAGUCCAGCAGGAAACAUGUUCACCAGUCCAACAGGCGUACCGAUCAUCAAAGGACCACCAAAAGUAACCGCAUCUCCAUCAGGGAGUGGAAGUACAGAUUCGAAAAAAUCAUCGCAUGGUCACCAGGAAAUCAAACAAGAGUCUGGAAGAAAUGCCGAUGGUUCUCCAUUUUACGCACCAGCACCACAAAACCCCACGAGAACAUUUUCAACAGAAUCAGAGUCAUUGAGAGUUGAGGACAUUCAUGCGCCAAGACAAACACCAAUCCAAGUUAUCCAGGAAUUAACUCCAUCCGAUUUUGUUGGAUCCUCUCAAUAUGUUUCACCCGAAGUUGCAGAUUCACAUCACUUUAAUGUACAUUGGGAGAAGGAUGGGAGUAGUAAUGGGGAUAUUAUUGGUGCUGAUAGUAUAGAUAUAUCACAAAUCGCUCCACAUCUCGAAGGUGUACCAAUCAAAGCCAGCGCCGUGGAUCCAGUAUUCGUUGCUCAAGUAUUAAGUCCAAGAUCUGCCAGUCCGAGAUUAAGCCCCAACGUUAGACCGCCAGGGAGAGAUAUUGGUUCAACACUAGGGAAAGCACAUUUGGAAUCGGAAAACAAGAGAUUAACGAUGUAUGCUGGCCAUACACCUAAUCAUUCCAUCUCACGCUUUUCGGAUUUGGUCAAGGAGAGUCAAGAGUCUGAAGGGGAUGAAACGCCUAGGGGCUUCAGUGGACAUCUCCAUCGGGGUUCGCUUGCGCCAAUUCCGGAUGAGGAUGAAAGACUCGCACUAGAUGGAAUAAAACCAGAUGAAGAAGAUGAAGAAGUACAUGAUCGCCCAUUGACGGGCCUGUUAGGCCUUACCAAUGUUCCAGCCAGGGAUGAAAUUUUCCUCGAAGCACUUACGGAGAAAUUGGAAGAAGUAAAAAACUCAAGACCAGGUAGUAAAGAGACGAGUCCAUCUGCGAGCGUAGGUAGUUUGAGUCCCAUUUUGGAGAUGAAAAGACCGAGGAACAGAUCUAUUGGUGGUGGUGGUGAAGAUGGAAGGGGCAUGGAGGGAGAGGAUGAUGAGGACGAGGAUGAGGAUGAACCUGUCGAAGUGAAGUUGAAGUUGAAGUCGAGUAUAAAUUUUGGGAGACCAAUGGGUUUUAGAUGA